AGCAAACAUAGACACUAAAAAGCAUUACCAAAGUCUUAGCGAAGAUGGCAGCCAAGAUAUUUGCCUUCUUUGCUCUCCUUGCUCUCUCGACAACCGCUGCUUCCGCAUACAUUUCACCUCUAAGUGCUCUUGCCGCAACCGCUAGUCCCCUAUUCUGGUCUCAGGCUACUUCUAUAGCAGCCACACACCCGUGCGUGCAGCUGCAAGCGUUGGCAUCCGGUAUCUUGGCCCCAUCAGCCGUGCUCAUUCAACAACCACUUGCCAUUCUUCAACAGCAAUGCCAAGCACAUCUUGCACUACAGAGCAUUAUGUCUCUGCAGCAGCAGCAACUAUUGGUGAACAACAUUGCUACCAUGCUGCCAAAUGUGUUCAACCAAUUGGCUCUAGCAAACCACAUCACCGCUGCCUACUGGCAGCAACAACAACUCCUGCCAAACGUGUUCAACCAACUAGCUCUAACGAGUCCUUUGGCCCAGUGGCAGCAACAACAACUCGUGUCUAGUGUGUUCAACCAAGUGGCUUUGGCGAACCCUAUCACUGCUGCUUGGCAACAACAACAAUUGCUACCAAAUGUGUUCAACCAACUAGCUUUGGCGAGUCCUCUCGCCCACUUGCAGCAACAAGCACUUGUGGCUAGCGUGUUCAACCAAGUGCCUUUGGCAAACCCCUACUUGCAGCAGCCCUUCAUCGGUGGUGCCAUCUUCUAAAUGAUGUAUGAGGUUGUACUCCAAUAAAAAAUUUUGACAUGCCAAUUGUCAUGAAUUAGCAUUAAUAAUAAACAAAGAUGAUUUAUUGGCAUCCUA